CCAGUUUCCCAUGUACAAUAAACAUGGCGGCACGACAAAUAUUAGGGUUAAACAGUUUAACAAGGAAUUUACUCAAGUUUGCGAAACAAAAUGCAGUUAAAGGUAGAAAUUUGAACUGCAUUCAUCCUAAAUCCACAUUCAGUGCCCUUCCAGGUGAUAACUGCAAAGUGGAACUUGCCUUGACCUCAGAUGGCAGAACAACAGUGUGUUAUCACCCUCUAGCAGAAUUCCCUUAUGAACAUUCAAAGCCUAUCCCACGACCAGACCCUUUAGAAAAUCAUGAGGAAACACACGAUCAGGUGCUGAAAGCUCGGCUGAAUGAAGAAGUGUUGCAGAACAAACAGGCACCCACUAUCGAAGAGCUCAGUAAAAUGUUCUAUACGACAAAACAUCGGUGGUAUCCAGUUGGACAGUAUCACAGAAGACGUAAAAAGUCGGAUCCUCCUAAAGACAGAUAAUUUUGAACACUUGCAUUUUCCUAUUUAUGGUGGUUCUACAAAUUACAAUUUCCCGAUGACUGACUUUGUUGUAUUGGAAAUCAUUUGUUCCUUUGCUUGAUUUUUUUCCUGUAUAUGUAGACAUUUCAUAAACAGCAUAUUAUAGAUUCCUGGUACAGUACCUUACUACUGUGCUUUAGGUCACAUUUUGUUUUUGAUCAGUGGAUUAAUAAAACCACAGGAAGAUUGUAUUCCAGGAAUCAACCACAACUUUUUAAUUUGCAUCAGGUGAAUAUAUUGGCAUUGCAAAUAAGAGGUAAGAAAUUGGCUUUAAAACCUUAGUUUUCACACCAAUAUUGUUAUUUUUAAAUGGAGAUGACAUUGUACAAGAUUAUGCCUAAGUGAAGCAGAAGUAAGUGUACUGUUUGUUCUUGGAUUAAACCCAGUUAAUAAAUGGACUAUUUAAAAAUGA